AUGAACCGCCUGUUCGGAGCAAAGAGCACGGCGCCCAAGCCGACCCUCAACAGCGCCAUAUCAAACGUCGACACACGGAUAGAGAGCCUCGAUGUCAAGCUCGCGAAGCUCAACGCUGAGCUGUCCGCCUACCAGCAGAAGCUCGGCAAGAUGCGCGACGGCCCGGGGAAGACGGCUAUCAAGCAGAAGGCGCUGAAGGUGCUCCAGCAGCGCAAGAUGUACGAGUCGCAGCGAGACCAGCUGCAGGCGCAAUCGUGGAAUAUGGAGCAGGCCGGCAUGAUGCAGGACAAUCUCAAAAACACCAUGACCACCAUCGACGCCAUGAAGACCACGACCAAGGAGCUGCGCAAGCAGUACGGCAAGGUCAACAUCGACAAAAUCGAGAAGCUGCAGGAUGAGAUGGCUGAUCUGAUGGAUAUGGGAAACGAUAUCCAGGACGCCAUAAGCCGCAGCUACGAUGUGCCGGAGGACGUUGACGAGUCCGAGCUGGACGCCGAACUCGAGGCGCUCGGGGAUGAGGUCGACUUCGAGGGCAUUGGCGAGUCGUCGAGCGUACCUGGAUUCCUGACCGAGGAGACGGGACCACCGACGUUUAUCGACGAGGCCCCGGAGCCAAAGGUGAAGGAGGCUGCGGGUUGA